AUGUCGCCUGUCCUUAUGGUUGCCGCUUUCCAGAUUCUUCUGAGAUGUAGCGCAACACCGCAUUACCCGGAGCUUAAUCCUAAGCUCCAAAUUUACCAAGACGCAUCUAAGGGGUUCCCGCUCGCCCAGACCUGGUACAUGCUGUACAGAAACUAUGAGAAGGACCCGGCAUUUGGAACAUCCAAGUGUUUAAGGCAUAGUCAUUUGAAGUCGGAAAAGGAUGGACAAUAUCAAACCUUGGCUCAGUACGGAGAAAACCAGUCGGCUAAGGCACGGACAACGCUAGAGUCCACUGAAGGAUAUACAGCCAAAAAUCAGAUAAACAUUCAUCCCGAAGGCCGAAAUAUCACGCUUUCUUAUUACAUCUCUUUCCUGGAUGUGAAAAAAUGCGCUGUCAGCAGGAACAUCUACGUCAAUG